AUGAUCAAAGGUUUAAGUAAUAAGGAUGCUGUUGUGGCAAUGGUUCUUUCAAUGGUGGGGACGGGAAUAACCUUUAUGCCGUAUGCAUUCAAAUCUGCAGGAUACCUUAAUGCAAUAUUUCUCAUGAUAUUCUUUGCCAUGGGGACGGCCGUAUCCUGCUACUGUAUUUCCUAUGCAGCUAAAUAUUCAGGACAUGAAAACCCUACAUAUUCGAGUAUAGCAUCCAGCAUAUCUACAACACUUGGAUAUAUAGUCAACGUAUCGAUCUUCUUUAACGGAUAUCUUGCAGCCGUUAACUUUUAUAGAUACCUAUCAGACCUGAUUGUUGGAAACUCAUAUUACAUACAGAACCUUACAAGUGAUUAUGAGAAGUCUAGAAAAGUUGUUGUUCUUAUCCUUGCAGUUCCAUUCUUGUAUCUGUCCUCAAAAAAAACGCUGUCUGGGCUUGCCUUAACAACCUACCUAAGUAUCGCAUCUGUGCUGUACCUUGCAUUUCUAAUGGCAUAUCUGUUCUUUACUGUGGGAAGCACAUUCGCUAUUGGUGAAGUAAAGCCGUUCAAUGAAUCCUUAGGAGAGUCUGUUCCUUUUUUCAUUUCUUCCAUGGUAUGCCAGGCAAACAUGGUCAAGAUAUAUGCAGAGAUGGAGAACAAAAGCAACAGAAACAUCAUGAUCGUGUCCUUAGGUGCUGCUACCGGCGGAAUGCUUGUUAAUUGUUUGAUUGGGCUUUCUGGAUACUUUGUGUUUGGAGAUGGGGUGAGUGGAGAAAUUAUAACAGAACUUUCAGAUAUGAAUAACCCAGUUAAUAAGCAUCUUAGGAGUGGAUGGGAUAAGAAAAAUAUCAUGUCUGGAAUGGCUGUUUACGGGAUGAUGCUGACAUUGUUUGGAGGGUACCCAAUACAGGUUAACCCAGUUGUUGAUAUGAUAUUCAAGAAUCUUCCAGUAGAGAAAAGAACAGAAGUAAACAGAAAAGGAAUAGUGAUCCUGCUAUUCCUGGUGGCUAUCUUCCUAAAUCUUAUGCAAGAACUCAAGACAAAGGUCAUCAAGAAGUUUCUUGGAGCCACCUUUUCCAAUUCGGUAGCAUUUGUAUACCCGUUUGUAUACUACUUAUCUAUAAAAAAAGAAAAGUCUCUUUUAUCCACAUCUGUGUGCAUAUUCAUGAUAGGAAUGAGUGUUAUGGUAAGCCUAUAUACAAUUUUCAAGUCUCUGUAG